UUCUUGGUAUUCACCUGCAAGAGGCAGAGGAGCUCACUUUGAGGAUCUACACACAUGUGAUACCCAGGGGACUCAUGGACCAACUAGGACCACAAGGUUUCCAGACUAACAUGGUGGUGCAAAGGCCUGUAAUGGAGUCCAACAGAGCGAGAAAUCCUACAGCAACCCUCAGUGGGCCACCUCAUGACCCGACUCAGAUGGCUACACUGGUUUGGUGUCCUGAUCAGUCACACAAGUUUCUGGAUGGCAAGAAGACUGGAGCCACCCUGAUGCUCUGUGGAGUGCUCCUAAUCCUUGUGGGUGUCAUUUUCACUGCUCUGGGCUGGCAGCACUACCUAGCUAAUCUCACCUUUGAGGGGACCCAGCUCCUGGGCCCCAUCCUGAUCUCUGUGGGAGGCACUUUCACGUUUACCAGUAUCUGCAAAUUUGGGACCAUCUCCUGCAGACACUGGGAUGAAGAAGUGCCCGUGGUGGAGCAACCCUCAACGGGUUAUUCUUCUACGUCAAAUCAGGCAGUCACGUUACGUGGUGCCACAACUACGCUGCGUAUUCCACCUAUGUAUGACUCUGCGAACCAGGUUGUGUGCCAGGCCGUUGAGUUCCAGCCUGGCAGGUCUGUGAGUGGCAUCCUUGCAGCCGUUCCUCCAUACAGCUCUGUGUACUGUGUGGAUAACGCAGCUUUCACAGCAAAGGAAGAACACAGCUCAGCUCACAGAAGCAGGGCUGAGAGGACAGGGGACGAGAAAGGAGGUGAUGAUGACAGCAGCUCUACCUGUUCACGUCCACCUGCGUACGAGGACAUCUACCCUUCCCUCAGCAGAAACAAUCUGACAUGAACGCCUACUGGGAUCUGCCAGUUUCCCAUCUUUCUUAGUGGACAGUCUUCCUCUUUUGUGCUGAGAGGCUCGAGGAUGAUGUGUCCCAGUGAUCUGAUAAGAUGUCCCGCAGAACAAAGCUUGAAAUGUUCCUGGUAUUUUACUCCACAGCAACACAGGAGCAGCUUAUGUUUCACUCUCCUCUCCAGCUGUUAUCAUGUAGUUACCACAAUAAUUAUGUAUUAAGUCAUAAAAUCCACUAAGAGGAGGCUCCCUGGAAGAAACCCUCAUUAAAAUGGAGAUUUAUGGACAAACUCAGCUCUAUCUGAGGGUUCUAAGGUUUUGGAAACUUAGAGAUACUAAAUUUAUAUUCAGCAUAAAAAGACACACAUUUAUCCAGUGCUUGUUGUCUCUCAAUAGCUGCACAAACCACUGUACAUGCCCAUUAAAUGUUGGCAGAGGAAAUGCAGACAGCUGCUAUUGCCCGAAACAAACAAUUUACCAGAGAUACUUUGAUUUUUUUUCUCUUUUAUGGUGGGGGAAAAUUAACAUCAAAAGAGGGGAAAAAAAGUCAUAAUGGCCAUUUAACAUUUAGUUGUAACUGUUCACAUACUGGCAGCAUUUCUCAUAUGUGUGUGUGGUGUUCAAAGAGGCCAUGAAAGUCAGAGGAUGAUCACCUCAACACAAGCAAACAACACGAGUUUAGACCGGCAAUGAACACACCGUACUGCUGCUGCUAUUACUGCACUCAAGUCCACUUUUGCAGUACAUGUACUUUACUUGAGUAUUUUUACUCUACUUCAUUUAUUUGAUUUUGAUUCCCCCCCUUUCAGAUUAAUAACGCAACAUAUACUCAACAAAUUCAAGAUGAUGUAUUUUAAGUUGUAGUUUACUGAUCCUGGAGCUGCAACAUUAAAGUGAUUUACACAUUAAUGCAUCAAUAUUCAGAAUCCCUUUAUAUAUACUGUUCUGCAUAAUGAGUACUUUUACUUUUGACACGUUAAUGCUUAUGUGUGUUGAAUGCAGGACUUUCAUUCGCAGCUUGAGUAUUUGUAUACCGUGGUAUUGUUUUCCUGCAGAGUCACUCAGCUUCAUGUGGUUUGCUGAGGAGUUUACUGCUGCUUGUGUUUGCACGAUAAACUAAAGUGUCUCUGCACCACACGGGGGCAGAAACACUGAGGAAAUUAAUACACCUUCACUC